AAGAACGGAAACCCCUCCAAAAAAAGAAAGAAAGGAAGAAAGGAAUGAGGUAGAGAUGAAAAAAAAUUUAACAACGGCUAGGUUACCAGCUUGGUACAAAGUGGCAUUUUAUUGGCAGGUAAUAACUAGCUACAGCCAGCUUGUCGGCUAGAAGGCUGCUGUCUUAAAUAACGUGUGAGCCGAAGAGUCCAUCUGUAACAGCUUUGCUGAAGUCGCAAGAAUGCUGACGCUGGAUGCAUUUUUGUGGUUCACCAAAGUAGCUGAAUGCGUUUGUAGCUAGUUGGCACAAAAAUACGUAUUUCCGCGUCGAGCGGUUUUUUUUUUUUUUUUUUUUUGGUUGUAUGUCUUUUCUGCUGAAACAGUUAUGUCGGCCGAGACGUAUUCCCACAAAGUGCUGAUGUGUCAAAAGCUUGUGACCCACCAGUCCGUUCGAGACUGAAUCAUUCGCUCAGGCACUAUUAGCUCGCAGAGGAGUAACAAAACAGCUAAUCUGGGACACAUUAGCCUCUGACGUUUGGAACUGGACGUUUCAGCUCCUCAUGGAGUCGGUACAGUGAACCUAAAUGUCUAACAACUGGGCACAUUUGUUUUUUCUUGUCCUUACUUGAGAAGAGAGACAGAAGAAGGUUGAAACUUGAUAAGAAGUAAGCUCCAGAUGUGAUGGGAGGACUGGGGUGGAUGCCAGAUGGAUUUGAGAUAAACAUGUAAAAGACGAAUCUGCAGUGGGAGAAGAUGAAGCUGAAUGAACGCAGCGUAGCGCACUACGCCACCUGUGACUCGCCACCAGACAAGACGGGCUUCCUGUUUAAAAAGGGUGAGCGCAACACCGCUUACCACCGCCGCUGGUUUGUCCUGAAGGGCAACAUGCUCUUCUACUUUGAGGAACGUGACAGCCGAGAGCCCAUCGGCGUCAUCGUUCUCGAGGGAUGCACUGUGGAGCUCUGCGAAUCAACUGAAGAGUUUGCCUUCGCCAUCAAGUUUGAUUGUGCCAAAGCGCGGGUGUACAAGAUGGCUGCUGAAAACCAGGCAGCCAUGGAGUCAUGGGUGAAAGCGCUGUCAAGGGCCAGCUUUGACUACAUGAGGCUGGUUGUGAAGGAGCUAGAGAGGCAGCUGGAGGAGAUUCAGGAAGCUGCAGUGGGUGGUUUUGUUGGAGGUGGAGGCCAACAGAUCAGGCCCAAGCCUUCCAGGCGUAAUCAGAUGGUGCUUUCCAGAUCUGGAGCAUCCUCCUCUUCAUCUUCUUCAUCUUCCUUAUCAUCAUCAUCAAGUGCCCCUUGCAUGACAGUCCCCUCCUCCACCCAGAAGAGUCUCCAGGAUGAGGUGCAGCUGAUCUCCGGGUGCUCCAAGGAGAACGGAGUUGCGUGGAGUAAACCACCAGCUGCACUGGCUAAUGGUUUUGUUGAAGGAGCAUCUUCCUGUGUGGCCUGGGAAGGCUGCACAGAUGCUGGGAACGUGAAUAGUUAUGGGGCUGAUGGGGCGAGGGCACCACCGGUGCCGCCCCGGAGGAGAGGAGCAUCACUGGAGAGCCCGGUCUCUCCUGACACUAGAUGCUUUUCCAAACUUCAUGACUGGUACGGCAAAGAGGUGGAGGAACUGAGAGUGCAGUGGCUGCAGAGCCAGUAAACAGACUGAGGUGGAUCAUCUAUUUUUUUUUUUUCCAUGUGAAACCAUUCCCUUCUGAUCAUUCUGCAGAGCAAGAGUUUUCUGAAACAGACAGAAAGAUGAAAACACUAAGACUUAACUGCAAAUUGACAUCACAGAUUUUUAAAGAAAUAACUCAAACUUGCGACUGAUUCCAAGUCUUGUCUGGCACAAGGGGAUUGGUCAACCUUUACCAACAUUUCUACAAAGACAUACAAACAAUGCUACUUCACAGUUUCACAGAGUAACACUUGCCAAUGAGAAAAUGCUAUUUAAAAAGCUAUCUCAUUUCUUAAAAUCAGCAGUUUUCUUUGAAUGGCUUCAACUAAAAACAUGCUGUGUUGUUGCCCCAGUGUUAAAUUUAUUCAGCCCUUGUAGCUUCCAGCUAUACUCUGUGAACAUUUAGGGGGGGAGGGGGUGUUUUCUGGAAGCAGCUGCUCAAAUUACCCCAAUGAAGUCUUCUAACUGAGAGAAGGUCUAAUAUUCUUUUUCGUCUCACGCGAUAAGCCACAUAAAAAAAUGACCUGAAGAUGUUGCACAAGACAAAUCCACAUGAGUUAGAUAGUUAUGACAUGAUAACCCUGUUUGGUGCUGUCCAAGCUUUGCCCUCUUUGUGACCAAACUGCUCUUAUUUAAGUGUUAAUCAGGAAAGGAAAGCAGAGGAUAAGAGUUCCUUUCCUGUGACUUAAAAUCUGCUAACUGUAGUAAUGUGAGAGCAUUGUGGAAAUGAGCAAAGAUGUUGGAGAAACUUGUCCAGUUUCUCCCAGCAGGGUACUUCUCACCCUGAAGGCCUUGCGGUUGCCAACGUCAGAACAUCCCCUCGACAGUCACUAGAGACCGUGAUGGGAGCUGGAUGUCGUGCUCUGAGCUACACGCCCUUUUAUUUUUAGCCCUUGUUAGCCAGCAGCCAGAUGAUGCAGUGUCAUAAGAGUGCUUGUCACUUAGUUCUCCUUUGAGUCUCAUGUUUCAAUAAAAGGAGGUAAUUUAUCCUUAAAUUUACAAUGCUCAAUGCUCUGAUAGUGUCAUUUUAUACAAACAAAUCAACUUUAUCAUAAUGUAUGGUUGUUUUUACAACUACUUACCUGAAUGUGAUUGGUAAGGUUAUAGGUAUACUCAGCGUAAACAUCUAUCCUCCUGUUUAAAGAAAGCUUUUUUAAAAAUGAUUGCUUCUGCUCUCUUUCUACGUCUGACCAUAAAGCUGUUUUAUACUCUUUGGUUUAUACGUGCCUUAUGUUUCCUGCAGAACUGUUAUUGCAGUUGCAGCUAUGACCACGUCAGUGGUUUUGUUCUUAAUCAGCUAUACUGUUUUUUUUUUUCCCCCUCCUCUUUGUCCUUCUUUCUUGCCAAAGGCUCAUUUUGGUGCAAUCACUCUUUGACACUUUAGUCUGCAACAAUGCACAGUGCUGUCAUUACUGCUAGACACUUGGCAUGUACAGAAAUGGGAAAAGGUGGUACAAUGGGAAUGUUUUUCUUUUUUGCCUAAGGGCCAUUACUAAGAUUUUAACAAACAUCUAAAAUUCAGGAUGUUUAAAUGUUUUUUUUUACAGCACUGUAAUCAAGGACUAAAAGAUUAAUAUGAAUGUUUAAAUGUAACCAUUUGGUAAUUAUUUUUUUUUAAAAGUGCCAUAUAAGAAACGCAUAACAAUAUAUAUGAUUUGUUUUUCCUUACAUUUCCACGAUUGUCCUAGCAUGUUCCAGUGUUACCUUACACAGCAUUAUAUUGUCUAAAUGAUGUUCUGUCAUGGUACUCUUUAAGAUAUUUUUGUAAAUCAUUCCAUAAACAAUGAUUUUGUUGUA